GGCGCGUAGGCUAGCUUGCCGGUCGCGUGUGCUUCUCGCUGCCUCAGUUCUCGCGGGACGCGGGCAGGGCGGCAUUCGGCCCCGCGUGCGUUUCUGGAAGGAGUGAGCCGCGCGGCCCGCCGAGGGGGUUUUUGCGCUGACGGGUGCGAGCUAUGGGGAAGGCUGGACGGGCCGCGGCGCGCAGGAAGGCCCUGGGGGCUCCGGCUGGAGGCCGCGCGAGGCCCAAUCCCAACCCGUUCGAAGUGAAGGUCAACCGGCAGAAGUUCCCGGUCCUGGGCAGGAAGGCGCGCCACGCUGUGGGGCUGCCGGGGGUGUCGCGCGCGCGGGCGGUCCAGAAGCGUACCCAGACGUUACUAAAGGAAUACAAGGAGAGGGAUAAGUCCAAUGUAUUCACAGAUAAGCGUUUUGGGGAAUACAGUAGCAGCAUGAGCCCCGAGGAAAAGAUGAUGAAGCGGUUUGCGCUGGAACAGCAGCGACAACAUGAAAAGAAAAGCAUCUACAACCUAAAUGAAGAUGAAGAAUUAACUCAUUACGGCCAGUCUUUGGCAGACAUUGAAAAACAUAAUGACAUCGUCGAUAGUGACAGUGACACUGAGGACCGAGGGACGCUGUCUGCCGAGCUGACCGCCACCCAUUUUGGAGGCGGUGGCAUGCUCCUUCACAAGAGGACCGCCCAGCAGCAAGGCGAGGAGGGGGAGAGACCUCGGUCACGCAAAGACCUGAUUGAAGAGCUCAUCGCAAAGUCCAAACAGGAGAAGAGGGAGAGGCAAGCCCAGCGGGAAGACGCCCUGGAGCUCACAGAGAAGCUGGACCAGGACUGGAAAGAGAUCCAGACUCUGCUCGCACACAGAACCCCCAAGUCUGACAAGGACCAAAAGGAGAAGCCCAAGCCUGACGCAUACGACAUGGUGGUCCGGGAGCUCGGCUUUGAAAUGAAGGUGCAGCCCUCCGACAGGAUGAAGACGGAGCAGGAGCUCGCACGGGAGGAGCAGGAGCGGCUGGAGCGGCUGGAGGCUGCGAGGCUGCGGAGAAUGCUCGGAAAAGACGAGGGUGGUGAUACUAAAAAACCAACACACCAGUCGGCGGAUGACUUAAGUGAUGGCUUUGUUCUGGACAAAGACGACAGGCGCUUGCUUUCCUACAAAGACGGAAAGGUGAACUUCGAGGAAGAGCACAGCCGGGGAGCCAGUGACGACGAGCACGCAGACGAGCCAGGGGCAGACCCGGGCGAGGACGACUCCGAGGAGAGCAGCGGCUCCGAUGGGCACUCGGACCUGGAAUCGGAUGUGGAGAGCGAGGAGGAGAGUGGGCGUGUGGACGAGGACAGAGGGGCCCGGUGGGACAGCGAGGGUCCCAGAGCCCGAGGUGCUGCCGGGGCAGAGCUGCCCUAUACCUUUCCAGCCCCCGAGUCCUACGAGGAGCUGAAGUCCUUACUAUCGGGGAAGUCGACGGAAGAGCAGCUCUUGGUGGUGGAGAGAAUUAAGGCCUGCAACCAUCCCAGCCUCGCAGUGGGAAACAAAGCAAAAUUAGAAAAACUCUUUGGCUUCCUUCUGGAAUACGUUGGAGAUUUGGCUACAAGCAACCCACCAGACCUCAGAGUGAUUGAUAAACUGGUUGUGCAGUUAUAUAAUCUUUGUCAAAUGUUUCCUGACUCUGCGAGCAACUGCAUGCAGUUUGUCCUCCGAGAUGCCAUGCACGAGAUGGAAGGCGCGAUUGAGGCCAGAGGCCGGGUGGCGUUCCCGGGCCUGGACGUGCUCAUCUAUUUGAAAAUUGCUGGGAUGUUGUUUCCGACCUCCGACUUCCGGCACCCUGUCGUGACGCCUGCACUCAUGUGCAUGAGCCAGCUGCUCACCAAGUGCCCCGUGCUGUCCCUCCAAGACGCCGUGAAGGGCCUGUUCGUGUGCUGCGUGGCCCUGGACUACGUGCGCCUGUCUCAGAGGUUCGUCCCGGAGCUCGUGAACUUCCUCCUCGGGAUCCUCCACGUCGCAACUCCUAACAGGCAAGGCCAAGGUUACACUCUGGUGCACCCUUUCAGAGCGUCUGGGAAGAAUGCGGAGCUGCUCUUGGUGUCUGAUGAAGAGGACACAGCCACGUGGCAGAGGAGAGGCCUCUCCCUCCACUGGGCAAGUGGACUGAAGGCCCAGACUAAGACAGAGGCCAACCAUACAAGACUGUCCUGCCUGGCCGUGUGUCUGGCUCUGGUGAAGCACUGCGCGCUCAUGUACGGUUCCCUGCCGUCCUUCCACGAGGUCGUGCGGCCCCUCCGCGCCCUGCUGACGGAACACCUGGCCGCCUGCAGUCACCCCCCGGAGCUCCAGGAGCUGGGCCGGAGCGCACUGGCCGCCAUGGGGCCGCGGGAGCCGCGCUACCGGCCGCUGAUCUGCGAGAAGAGCAGGCCGGUGCCGCUGAAGCUGUUCACGCCCCGGCUGGUCAAAGUCCUGGAGUUCGGGCGGAAGCAGGGAGGCAGCAGGGAGGAGCAGGAAAGGAAGAGGCUGAUCCACAAGCACAAGCGGGAAUUCAAAGGCGCCGUCCGGGAGAUCCGCAGGGACAACCAGUUCCUGGCCCGCAUGCAGCUGGCGGAGACGCUGGAGCGGGAUGCGGAAAGAAAGCGAAAAGUGAAGAACCUUUUUAACAGUCUGGCUACCCAGGAAGGGGAAUGGAAGGCUCUGAAGAGGAAAAAGUUCAAAAAAUGAACCUUUGCAAGUUAGGCAAGGAGACCCUGUAGACCGACUGUAAUAAAGGCUGCUGACGGGUCGG